AUGGAUAGAACACAUAUCAUCGAUGUGGCGAACAAGAUCAUCACACCAGGCUUCGUCGAUACCCACCGCCACGGUUGGCAAACGGCUUUCAGAACCAUCGCCUCGAAUACCUCACUGGCCGAGUACUUCACCCGCUAUGGCGAAUUUGCUGCCGUGGGCUUUCUGAGUGCCGAUGAUGUCUACAUCGGCCAGCUCGCAGGAUUCUACGAGGCCCUGAACGCCGGUGUCACGACGACGCUGGAUCACGCCCACCACACUUGGUCGGAUGAGACUUCAGAGGCAGGUCUGAAAGGUAGCAUCGACAGCGGCGCGAGAGUCUUCUGGUCAAACUUUAGGGAUAUCGCGACCAAGGCCGAGUUUGAUGGUACUCCCACAACUUUGGGAGUCGCCUGCGACUUCUUCGGGACCGACGGUGUUCUCGCGGAUGUCAAUGCGGUGGUUGAUCUUGCCAAGGAGUUCAAUGUCUCUGUAAUCACGACUCACAGCUUACAAGGCCCGUGGGGAAACACCAACAGCCCUGAGGACGUCCAUGCUAUUGGAGCAUUGAAUACCAGCAUUCCAGUUGUCUUUUCCCAUGCAUCCUUUCUGACCUACAAGGGCGCAUCUCUCCUCCGCUCCACAAAUCAGUACAUCUCCAUCACUCCAGAGUCAGAGAUGCAUUACGGCCACACGCAUCCUCACAGCCAUCUGAUCCAAGACCAAGGUUCCCUCGGUGUCGACACUCACUUCACCUUCUCAACCGACAUCCUUACUCAAGCCCGUCUCUGGCUCCAGAGCACCCGCCGCCUUCUUUACCAACAAGUCCUCGCAAACUGGCGCGUGCCCACCAGCACGCCCAUGACCGUGAACCAAGCCUUCCUUCUCGCCACGAGAAACGGCGGACUUGCCCUCCGCCGCCCUGAUCUGGGCGUCAUAAUCGAGGACGCCAAAGCCGACGUCGUGGUCUGGGAUGGUGAGAGUCCCGCCCUCCUCGGCUGGGUUGACCCCGUCGCUGCUGUGAUUCUCCACGGUAGCGUGGCCGAUGUCGAGCACGGCCUGGUGGACGGGAAAUUUGUCAAGAAAGACCACAAGUUGGCGGUACCUGACUACGCAGACGUCAAGACGCGGUUCCUGGAGAGCGCAAGGAAGGUCCAGCAGACUUGGAGGGAUAUUCCAUUCUCCGCUCUCGAAGGAGAGUUCAGUAGCUCUGAAGCUCCCUAUGAAGCGCCUCUUUCUGUCGAUGUCCUAGCUGGCGGUGAGAGUGGGUACGGAACCACGUUUGUUUGUGUUGGAAUAGGCCUACAUUAG